AUGAAACUCAGGAAUCUCGCGCCCUGGGCGCUGCUCUUAACAGCAGUCCAUGGUCUUCCAAGCCAGGGGACUCAAAACAAACAUAAUCCCCGUGUCGCUAAGAUCUUAAAGCGACACGAAGGCUCUAGCCAGAAGGCCAAGGAUUCAAACAACGUGUAUGAGACUAAAUUCGACGGCGUAACUUGGGAUGAGGAGAAUUGGCUCCUCAAGACAACUACCUUAGACCAGGGCCAUUAUCAGUCGCGCGGCUCUGUAGCAAAUGGUUACCUGGGUAUCAAUGUCGCCAGUGUUGGCCCCUUCUUUGAGCUCGACGAAGAAGUAGACGGCGAUGUCAUCAACGGCUGGCCUCUCUAUUCACGGCGACAGUCGUUCGCAACCAUCGCUGGUUUCUUUGACUCUCAACCAACCACAAACGGUACCAACUUCCCCUGGUUGUCUCAGUACGGAUGGGACACGGCGAUCAGUGGUGUUCCUCACUGGAGUGGACUGAUCCUCGACUUGGGCGAUGAUGUCUAUUUGGACUCCACUGUGGAUGACAGCACCAUUACCGAUUUUCAAUCCACAUACGAUUUCAAAGCUGGUGUCUUAUCAUGGUCGUAUACCUGGUCUCCUGCGGACAAAGGCUCCUUCGAGAUCACCUAUCGACUGUUCGCCAACAAGUUGAACAUCACGCAAGCCGUGGUGGAUAUGGAGAUCAUUCCGUCAGUCGAUGCCAAUGCGACCGUGGCGAAUGUGAUCGACGGGUACUCAGCGGUACGAACCGACUUUGUGGAAUCGGGUCAAGAUGACGGUGCCCUCUUUUCGGCUGUGCGGCCCUGGGGAAUCUCCAACGUCACUGCAUAUAUCUAUACGAACCUGACCGGAUCGGCCAACGUCGACCUGUCGUCCCGCACUCUCGUGACCGGAAAGCCCUACGUGAACACCAACGAGUCAUCUGUCGCGCAGACUGUAAAUGUCAAAUUUACGGCGAAGGAACCCGUCCGCAUCACCAAGUUCGUCGGCGGAGCCUCGACCGAUGCUUUCGCAGACCCCAAACAGACAGCCAAGGAAGCUGCUUCUGCGGCACUGGCAGCGGGCUACAAGAACUCUCUGGAGUCGCACGCCUCCGAGUGGGCUAAUAUUAUGCACGAGAACUCGGUCGACCGCUUCACCGACCCGACCACCGGAAAGCUCCCUGAAGACCAACAUGUUAUUGAUUCGGCCGUCAUCGCCGUCACCAACAUUUACUAUCUGCUGCAGAACACUGUGAGCCAGAACGCCAUCGCAGCCGUCUCUAACGCCACUGUUAACGAGACUAGCUUCUCCGUCGGCGGACUUACAUCCGAUUCCUAUGGUGGCCAAGUCUUCUGGGACGCUGACGUCUGGAUGCAACCAGGUCUUGUCGCGUCGCAUCCCGAAGCUGCGCAGGGUGUGACCAACUACCGAGUUGCCAAAUAUCAACAGGCGAAGGAGAACGUUAAGACGGCGUUUACCAGCUCUAAGAACCAGACUCGGUUUGACCCCUCGGCAGCAAUCUAUCCUUGGACCAGCGGCCGUGCCGGAAACUGCACAGCGACUGGCGCCUGCUUUGACUACCAGUAUCAUCUGAACGGUGAUAUUGGUCUUUCUAUGAUCUAUCAAUGGGUCGCUAGCGGUGAUACGGAGUAUUUCCAAGAGAAGCAUUUCCCUAUCUAUGACUCGGUGGCUACGCUGUAUUCCAACCUUGUUGAGCGUAAUGGAUCUAGCUGGACCUUGACGAACAUGACUGACCCGGACGAGUAUGCAAACCACGUUGAUGCAGGUGGCUUCACAAUGCCCCUCAUUGCUCAGACUCUGGAGAAUGCCAACACGUUCCGCCAGCAAUUUAACCUCGAACCCAACGACACUUGGACCGAGAUCUCAGAGAACGUGCUUCUGCUGCGCCAGAACAACGUAACCCUCGAGUACACUUCCAUGAAUGGUACGGCCGUGGUCAAACAGGCGGAUGUCGUCCUAGUCACCUACCCACUGGCCUACGAGAGCAACUACACAGCCGAAAUGGCUCUUUCCGACCUCGACUACCAAUCCGCCGACGGCCCCGCAAUGACCUGGGCCAUCUUCUCCAUCGUAGCGAGCGACGUCUCCCCAUCCGGCUGUUCAGCCUGGACCUACCACCAAUACUCCUACGAUCCCUACACCAGAGGUCCCUUCUUCCAGCUGUCUGAACAAAUGCUCGACAACGCCAGCAUCAACGGCGGCACCCACCCCGCCUACCCAUUCCUCACGGGCCACGGCGGCGCCAACCAAGUCGUGCUAUUCGGAUACCUCGGCCUGCGUCUCCUCCCCGAAGAAGGAAUCUACAUCACCCCCAACCUACCCCCACAAAUCCCCUACGUCAAAUACCGAACCUUCUACUGGCGCGGCUGGCCCAUCGCCGCCGAAUCCAACUACACCCACACCACCAUCCGCCGCGACACAAAGACCGCCCCCCUCUCCACCGCCGACGAACGCUUCCGAAACGCCACAAUCCCCGUGCACGUCGGCAGCGACGAAGCGGAAACCCACACCCUCCAACCAACCGGAAGUCCCCUGAUCAUUGAGAACCGGCAAAUCGGCACAAUUCCCACCAUGCAAGGAAACCAGAUCCAAUGUCAGCCUAUCACGUCUCCGGAUGAGUACAAGGCAGGCCAGUUCCCCAUCUCUGCUAAUGACGGUGCGACGUCUACGAAGUGGCAGCCUGCUUCGUCGAAUCUCUCUUCUAUUACUGUUACCUUGUCGGAUACGCAGUUGGCGAAUGCCGUGUCCGGGUUCCAUUUCGAUUGGGCUUCUGCGCCGCCGGUUAAUGCGUCGGUCAUUUUCCAUGAGGAGGUUAUUGACAAUCCGGCUUCUGUGUUUGCGUUUGGGACUCAGGACCAGGCUCAAGAUGAAGGGGAUGAGAAGUAUAGAGUUGUUCUCACUUUGACGGGUAUUGAGCCCUCGACGAUAUACACGGCGGAAGAGGAGAACCAGGUUCGCAUUCCGGUUGGAAAUACGACUACUACGCAGCUUAAGGAGACUGUGAAGGCGUCGAAGUAUGCGACUUUGUUGAUUGCUGGGAACCAGGCUCUUAGUGGCGAGCAAGAGGAUGCAGGUGCCACGGUGGCAGAGUGGGUGAUACUGAGCCAGGAAGGUGGACAGUCUCAGUCGGCGGCUACUGCGCAGAGGAGGGGUAUGAAUGUUAGGGAUAGGGCUUUGUUGGAGAGACUUCGGAGGUAG